AUUCCAAUACGUAAGGGAUCUAACUAAAACAUUAAAUAUUUUUCUUAUAUGUUAAUAAAUAUAAUAAUUAUUUAGUUCAAGUUGUAAAAAAAUACUUUUAAUUAAUUUUGUAAUAAGUCAUGAUCUACAUUUAGGAGCGAUCACCUAAACUAAAAUGGGAGACAAAGAAGAUGUUGAUACUCGAUUAGAGUUUAUGAGUGAGUAUAUACUUAAAAGUUUAAAACUGAAAAUAGAAAAAUGGACCAAAUUCAUCACAGGCGACGAGAGGCACUUGUUAUACAAAUUCUUCGAUAUGCCAAAAUUCGAAGUAAUCGUGUUUCGUUUGAAUACUUCCGGAUUAUUGACGUGCUCCACAACCUUUCCGCCUAUUAGUAGAGGGAAAAUGGUUUACUUCCUUAGGAACUCUGAUCAGAAAAUAACUCAGAGCAACUUUCGUACGACUCUUACAAUCGGCGAGAUGUCUGGUAAUGUUUUAAUGGAUCUGAGCGUGAUGGCGGAUGAGGUAAUAGGUCCCUUGCUUUGCAACCCUGAGAACCAGAAGGGCUGGCCAAAAAUUGUAAAAAAUGACAUGAAGAGACACGUUAAUGAACUCAGGAACUUGAUGCAUCAACUUAAAGGCGAUAUGUCGAGUCAAAUAAUGCUUCCAAUGCCAGAAGGUGUGGAAAAUAUUUAUCACGCCGAAGCCAAACUCAAAGAAAGUGACUCGGAAGAUGUUGAUUUACAUCUGAAAACGAAUAUAGAAGGUGCUAUUAUAAAAUGGGCGCAACAAAUCCAUGACCUUUUACAAGAGGAUUCCUACAUAGCAUUCAAAAGAACGAAGUUCCCUCUCCCAAAUUCUGAUAUUGAGUUCUACGCCCAUCGUCUACGAAAUCUGGAAGGCAUAUACUCUCAGCUGAGAGACCCAAGGGUUAAGAGAAUGGCGCAUUACUUGGAAUCUACUAAAAGCGUGUAUUUGCAAUGUUUUAAGACAAUGCUGACUAACGUCGUUGCUGCAAUUAUUGAGUGCCGUGAUAUUUACGUCUACCAAAAGCCACUGUUGGUGCAUUUUGAGACAUUUGAAGGGACUGACUUCUCUGAUGCGAAGCACCUUAUAAGGCCAAUGUUUCACUGUAUAGGGUUGCUCUGGGGAAACUCACGAUACUUCUGCAGCGUCGAGAAACUGAUACCACUGCUUCGUGAAGUUUGCAACCUGGUCAUCAUGCAGUGCACCAACUCUAUAGACCCGCCUUCCAUCUUCCAAGGAGAAGCGGACGAACAGUUGUUGAAACUGAAAAAGGCAAUCGGUAUCCUAAAUCACUUCAUUGAAACGUAUGAAUUGAACCGCGAUAAGGUCCACACUUUCUUCCCGGCGGGAGCUCUGCCUGUCAGCUGGUCAUUUGACUUCGACCGAGUCUUCAGUCGAUUCAACACGUACAUGAAGAGGCUGCACAUGAUCGAGAACAUUCUAGAAUCUACUGUUGAGAUCUUCAAGCUGGAGAAGGUCGAGUUCUCCGGACUACGGGGGAAAAUAUUGAGCACCGAGUGUAUGAAGGUUCUCGAAGAAUAUACCUUUAUCUAUCAAAACCUAGGCAACAUAACCUAUGACCCCGCGGAUCCUGAAGACACUAGAUUCCUUGCAGAUUAUGAUAAACAUAUGAAAGUAAUUGAGCACAUGGAUAGAAGACUCGCGUCUUUAUUCGCUCAAGGACUCGACGAAUGUCACGAUCUGGAACAUUUCUUUAAGUUCUUCCAAAUCUUGGGAGACUUGUACCGCCGACCCAUCAUACAGAACGAGUUGAAACCGAAAGUGAUCAAAAUUCUCGACUACAUGCACUCCAACCUGGACGCUGUCAAGGAAAUAUUUGACGAGGAAAUGGCGAAACUUAAUCCGAAGGCCGCUGACAGGCCGAUGGUGGAUCCGUAUUUGCCACCGGUCGCGGGAGUAAUCUGGUGGAUCCACAAGCUGCGGAGGCGGAUCCAAAGUCCUAUGGAAGAUUUCAUUUUAUUUGAGGAUCCCAUAAUAGAAUGUGAGAAUGCGAUCUACCUAAAGCAGAAGCAUCACGAGAUGCUUGGAUACCUCAACCAGGUAGAGGACAGGCAGUUUAAACAAUGGUGUACCACAGUACCAAACAUUUGCAAAAUGCAUCUCGCCAAAAACCUCAUAUACAGAGACCCGCCGUUUGUCAGAAAUAACUUUAGCCCUGAGCUGGUGAUGCUGUUACGAGAGAUACGUUACAUGAAGUAUUUGGAUAAACAAGGAAUCCCGCCAGAUGGGUUGGAGCUGUAUGCGCGCAAUGAAAAACUGCAAUACGACAUGAAUCGUCUGAACCGCGCCAUAGCCUGGUAUAACGCAAUACGUGAAGGAAGUCAUGAGACUGAGGUAGCUUUGAUUGAGAAGGAAAUAUCAGCCAUAGACAACCUUCUCGGGAGAGGAGUGGAAGAACUCACUUGGAAUGAUGACUUCACGGAAUGGAUGGCAGAAGUUUACGCAGCCAUUAACACGUUACAAGAACGAGUGUUGACAGCUCAGAACAACGUGAAGCGAGGUCUCAGCAAUAUCGCAGCCUGGGGGGACGUGCCGCUACAUAACAGAAAACAUAAUCCCGAGAAACUGGAAUUGCUCGCUGUGAAAGAACGACAUCCGAGAAUGAUAGCAAGGAGGAAGAAGAUUCUGGAAAGUCAUGCGGAAUUCGAACAAACACUACGAGAAAAUUACAAAUUGUUCUUCAAUAUAAAAAGUGAUGAGGAGUCGGAUAUAGAGGAAGAAGUGGAAGAGGAAGAAAUCGAUGAGCUCACAAUGGAUGAAGACGAGCGUCUCGCUCGACAACAGAAAUUACAAAAGAAAAUGGAGGAACGAGAAGCAAAAAUGUUAGCAAAAAUGGAAAGGGAACAGGAAAAAGCUGAAAGAGAACAAAUAAAGUUCGAGAGAAGAGAAGCGAGGAGAUUAAAGAAGGAAGCCAAGGAAGCUGAGAGACAGGAGCGACAGGAGCGUAGAGAAGCAGGUGAAGAUGUGGAGUCUCCUGUCGAGGAUGAAGAGGAGGUGGACCCUGAGGAGCUGGCGGAUAUUGAAGAGGAACGCCGGGAACUUGAAGAGGCCGCCUUCCGCGCUGAGCGCUGGCCCGCUUAUGUCAGAUACGUGGACGAAUUGGUGUCAGGGCAAGUGAUGAAAGCUAUCAAGUGUAGUUUGGAUCUGUUCGAAAAACAAACGGACUUGGAAAAGGGGCCGAGGGUCGCGUUCAUGGAAAUCAUGGCGGAGCUCAAGGAUCCAGAUAUUUUCUUCUCACCGUCUUUGGACCUCGACGAAGCUGAUGGUUUGUAUGACACCAUGAAGGAAAUGAUGAAGGACAUGUUUCUGCAGGCCACCAUGUUUCCUCGGAUCGAUCCUAUUGUACCCAUAGCAACAUACGAAGACGAUAUUAAAAAAGAAGAUGCUAUGAUCGAUCUUUACCACGAUAUUCUUAAAAGAAUAGAAAAUAGUAUUAAUGAUGUAGUGCAAUAUGCUUCGAGAUAUGAGAAAUACGCUCCGCUUUGGAUGGAAGAUCGUCAGGAAGUUUUAGCUGGGUUUCUUAAAUACGGCCGGGUCAUUCCUCCUGAAGAAUUUGAUAAAUAUCGGUUCGAAAACGGCUGUGACCCUCCCGAGGUGAAGCCCAAGCUGGAACAAUAUCAGCACGAGAUCGAUAAAUUCAACGCGCUAUAUAGCGAGGUGGAGGCCUUGCCUCCCGAUUACCUCUGCAACGGCUGGCUGAAGUUGAAUCUGAAGAGACUCAACCAAGCUAUCAUGAACAUAAUUUGCAAGUGGAGCAAUCUUUACAAACAGAACUUGAAGGAUCAUGUGCAAAAGAGUUUGGAUGAUUUGGAGCAGUUCAUUGCGUACGCUUCCAAGGAGCUAGCGGUGCAGUUAGAAGAGGAUGAUUAUGAAGGACUCUUGAAAGUUAUGGGGGUCCUUAAUGAAGUUAAGGCGAAAAUGGACGCUGGCACCGACCAGAUGUUCGAGCCUCUCAGAGACAUCAUGUAUGUGCUCAAGGAAUACGGGGUCGACUUCCCGGAAGAGACUUACGAGCAGCUGGACGUGCUGCCUGAGCGUUGGCGCAACUUGGUGAAACAAGCUACUGUCAUCAAGAACGAAGUAGCGCCGAUGCAAGCUGCUCAGGCUGCGCUGAUCGCUAAACGAGUGGCUCUUCUGAAUUUGCGUCUCACGAUGUACAGAGAGCAAUUCCCGCUCAAGGAGGUUUUCUUCGAAAACUGCCUCGAGCCUUACCGUAAAAUUGAUAAGGUUAAUUUGGAGCUUAUACACUUUGAAGACAUAGUGAAGGGGUUGAAGAAAUCAUGCGGCUUGUUCGACAUCCAGCCACCGGAUGAAAAGAAUUUGAAGCUAUGUCGUCGUGAACUAAAACUAGUGAAGCAAUUAUGGGAUUAUUACAAUUUAGUAAUGGGUACGAUCGAGUUCUGGAAGAAGUCGCCGUGGAAGAAGAUAGAUGCCGACGGUAUGGAUCAGGAAUGUAAGAGAUUCACCAAAGAUCUGAGACAACUGGACAAAGAAAUGAGAGUUUGGGAACCUUAUUUAUCGAUAGAAGCAACGAUAAAGAAUCUCAUGACUUCACUGCGCGCUGUCACUGAUCUUCAAAACCCGGCCAUUAAAGAUAGACAUUGGGUCGAACUAAUGAUGGCCACAAAGGUUAAGUUCCACAUCGACGAUGACACGACUCUAGCCGACUUAUUAGCUUUGAAUCUCCACAAGUUUGAGGAAGAAGUCAAAACCAUUGUCGAUAAGUCCGUCAAGGAGGCGGCUAUGGAAAAGACUCUUAGGGAAUUGGAAGCAACGUGGGCUGUUAUGGAGUUCGAGUACAUGCCUCACGACAGAACUGGUAUCAUGUUACCAAAGGCUAGUGAGGAACUUGUAGAGGUGCUAGAAGAUAAUCAGAACCAAGUCCAGACCAUGAUGUCGUCGAAGUUUAUCGGCUUUUAUGAAGAAGAGGUUACUAUGUGGCAAAAGAAGCUGGGCACUGCGGAUGCGGUGAUCGCCAUCUGGUUCGAGGUGCAGCGGAAGUGGCAGUAUCUGGAAAGUAUUUUUGUGGGUUCCGACGACAUCAGGGCCCAGCUGCCGGAAGACUCCAAGAGAUUCGACCACAUUGAUAAGACAUUUAAGGAAUUACUGAAAGAUAUCGGCGCAACUCCUAAUGUCGUUGAAGCAACCAACAAGCCCGGUUUGCUCGACAAAUUAGAAGAUUUGAUGUCUGCACUUAAUCUUUGCGAGAAGGCGCUCAAUGACUACUUGGAGACAAAGCGUUUGGCGUAUCCCCGGUUUUACUUUGUGUCAUCUGCAGACUUGCUGGAUAUUUUAUCCAACGGAAACAAUCCACCCGCUGUUUGUCGCCAUUUGUCUAAGCUGUACGAUAAUUUGGCCAAAUUGGUAUUCGUAAAACCUGGGAGUAAGCAAGCCUUUGAGAUGAUUUCCAAGGAAAAUGAGGAGCAUGUGCCGUUUAAGGCGCCUUGCUGUGACUGUUCUGGAAAGGUGGAGAUUUGGUUGAACCGAGUAACAGAUUGCAUGCGGCUGACACUGCGGGACAUCUUCGAGCACAGCGUGAAGUCGUACGAGGAGAAGCCUCGCGACGAGUGGGUGUUCGACUGGCCAGCUCAGCCUGCACUGGUUGGCACACAGAUCUGGUGGACGACCGAGACCAAUCAGGCCUUCGAGAAGCUGGAGGAAGGCUAUGAAGCUGCUCUGAAAGAUUAUCAAAAAAAGCAAAUUGCACAAUUAAAUGCUCUUAUUGUUCUACUCUUGGGUGAUCUUACGGUCGGCGAUCGUCAGAAGAUUAUGACUAUUUGUACUAUAGAUGUGCAUUCAAGAGAUGUUGUGGCAAAACUCAUAGUCGCUAAGGUUGAAACUUCUACGGCCUUCCAAUGGCAAAGUCAACUGAGGCACAGGUGGGAUUUAAAAUUGAAUAACUGCUUCGCCAACAUUUGCGACGCUCAGUUCCUGUACGAUUAUGAAUAUCUGGGCAAUACUCCUCGGCUUGUUAUCACGCCGCUUACUGAUAGAUGUUAUAUAACAUUGACGCAGAGCCUCCAUCUAAUAAUGGGAGGUGCACCGGCCGGACCCGCCGGCACCGGUAAGACAGAGACGACGAAGGAUCUCGGUCGAGCGCUCGGUAUCAUGGUAUAUGUGUUCAAUUGCUCGGAACAGAUGGACUAUAAGUCUUGCGGGAAUAUUUAUAAAGGGCUGGCACAAACCGGUGCGUGGGGAUGCUUUGAUGAAUUCAAUAGAAUCUCAGUGGAAGUCCUGUCCGUGGUGUCGGUGCAAGUCAAAAGUGUUCUAGACGCAAUAAAAGCUAAGAAAAAGAAAUUCGAUUUUAUGGGUGAAGUCAUAACGCUGAUUCCUACCAUUGGGAUGUUUAUUACAAUGAAUCCAGGUUACGCUGGCAGGACAGAAUUACCUGAAAAUCUUAAGGCACUUUUUAGGCCAUGUGCCAUGGUAGUGCCAGAUUUCGAGUUGAUCUGUGAAAUCAUGUUAGUAGCGGAGGGUUUCCAAGAUGCACGUCUUUUGGCGCGCAAGUUCAUCACCCUGUAUAUGUUGUGUAGAGAACUGCUUUCCAAACAGGACCAUUACGAUUGGGGUCUCAGGGCUAUCAAGUCAGUAUUGGUAGUCGCAGGUUCCUUAAAGAGAGGUGAUCGUCAAAGACCCGAAGACCAGGUGCUAAUGAGAGCGCUGCGAGAUUUCAAUAUACCUAAGAUAGUAACUGACGACAUGCCGGUCUUCAUGGGACUUAUCGGGGAUUUGUUCCCAGCCCUUGACGUGCCAAGAAAAAGAGAUUUAGAUUUUGAAAAGAACCUCGUUGAUGGUGCAAUUUCGAUGAAGCUGCAACCAGAGCCUGGAUUUAUUUUGAAGAUGGUUCAACUGGUCGAGUUAUUUGCUGUGAGGCAUUCAGUAUUUAUCAAUGGAUUCGCCGGGACCGGCAAGUCCAUGGUGUGGCAGUGUCUUCAUAGGACCUAUCAAAUGCUCAAAUUGAAGCCGUAUUACAAUGACCUGGAUCCAAAAGCGGUCACUAACGACGAGCUGUUCGGUAUUAUCAAUCCGGCUACGAGAGAAUGGAAGGAUGGUCUGUUUUCAACAAUUAUGAGAGAUAUGGCGAACAUGCCCGGGGAGGGACCAAAGUGGAUUGUUCUUGAUGGUGACAUUGAUCCUAUGUGGAUUGAGAGUUUAAAUACAUUAAUGGAUGAUAACAAGGUGUUAACGUUAGCCAGUAAUGAGCGUAUAGCCCUAACAAAGUCAAUGCGACUUUUAUUUGAGAUAGCCACGUUGCGCACUGCAACUCCUGCUACAGUAUCAAGGGCUGGUAUUCUGUAUAUCAAUCCACAGGAUCUGGGCUGGAACCCAUUUGUAGCGUCUUGGAUAGAUACGACUCGAGAUGAUGAUUCCGAGAAGGCAAUGUUAACGGUCAUGUUUGAUAAGUACAUACCGUCUCUACUGGAGUCAUGUAAAAAGUAUAAGCGUAUAACUCCUCUUAGCGAAUUGCAGCAAAUACAACUGACUUGCUACUUAUUGGAGUGUUUUCUGAACAAGAGUCUGUUGCCAAGCGAUUGCCCGAAAGAAUGGUAUGAGACGUACUUUGUGUUUUGCGUCGUCUGGGGCUUUGGCUCUGGUCUGUUCCAAGAUCAGUUGGUGGAUUGGAGAAACGAAUUUAGUAAAUGGUUCUGCAACGAAUUCAAACAGAUAAAGUUUCCAUCGACAGGAAACGUAUUUGGUUUCUUUAUUGAUCCGGAAACCAAGAAAUUUCUCCCUUGGGUAGAAAAAGUGGAGUCCUUCGAGUUGGAUCCGGAUAUACCGUUGCAGUCAUGUCUAGUGUCGACAUCAGAGACGACCCGUAUUCGAUUCUUCAUGGACCUGCUGAUCGCUAAACAGAAGCCGGUGAUGUUGGUCGGCGCUGCGGGCAGCGGCAAGACCGUCAGCGUGGCUGCGAAACUUAACGCGCUCUCUGACAACUUCGCCAUAACAAACGUGCCACUCAACUUCUACACAACCUCAGAAAUGAUUCAAAAAGUACUUGAAAAGCCACUAGAGAAAAAAUCUGGCCGUAACUUUGGACCGCCGGGUAGCAAAUUCAUGAUAUUCUUUGUGGAUGACCUUAACAUGCCUGAGGUGGAUACUUACGGGACUGUGCAGCCACAUACAUUAAUACGGCAGUUCAUGGAUUAUCGGCACUGGUAUGACAGACAGAAACUUAGCUUGAAGGACAUUUCCAACUGUAUGUUUGUUUCGUGCAUGAAUCCCACCGCGGGUUCCUUUACUAUCGAUCCACGAUUGCAAAGACAUUUCUGCACCUUUGCCGUAAGUUUCCCCGGCUUGGACGCGUGCUUCCAUAUCUACAAGCAGAUCUUAUCGCAGCAUCUAGCUAACCCUCUUAACAAGUUUGGGCCUGUGGUGCAACGCUUUAGCGAGACCCUGGUCAAUACAGCCCUGGCGCUCCACAACAAGCUGUCUUCCACCUUCCUACCAACGGCUAUCAAGUUCCAUUACCUAUUCAACUUGAGGGACCUGUCAAACAUAUUCCAGGGUAUAUUAUUUACAACCGGAGACGCUAUAAAACAACCCUCUGAAUUGAUAAGGCUGUGGAUGCACGAAGCUUACAGAGUAUACUCCGACAAACUAGUCGAUGCUGUUGACAACGAGAAUUUCAGCAAACUCAUAGGCGACACCAUCAAGAAAAAUUGUGAAGAUUUUGAUGAAAAUGUGGUGUUCGAGAAGCCAUUAAUCUAUUGCCAUUUCGCGGAAGGGAUUGGUGAUCCAAAAUACUUUCCGAUCAAGGAUUGGCCGCAUAUAAAACGACUCCUCGACGAGUCUCUCUCAUCUUACAAUGAUUUAGUAGCAACUAUGAAUCUUGUGCUUUUCGAGGACGCCAUGUACCAUAUUUGCAGGAUUAACCGUAUCCUGGAAGCACCUCGCGGCAACGCCCUGUUGGUGGGUGUGGGCGGUUCAGGAAAGCAGUCCCUUUCCCGCCUAUCAUCUUUUAUUUCGUCGCUAGAAGUGUUCCAGAUACAAUUGAGAAAAGGAUACAGUAUAAACGACCUCAAAGUUGAUCUCGCUGCACUGAACAUGAAGGCGGGUCUCAAGAACAUCGGCAGUGUGUUUCUUAUGACAGACGGACAGGUGGCUGAAGAGAGGUUCCUGGUGCUCAUUAACGAUCUGCUGGCUUCGGGAGAGAUACCAGAACUGUUUGCUGAUGAUGAAAUAGAGAAUAUCAUUAAUGGUGUCAGAGGAGAGACCAAAGCUUCCGGAGUGCCUGACACACGGGAAAACUGCUGGAGAUUUUUUAUCAACAGGGUUCGGACAAUGUUGAAGGUAGUGUUGUGUUUCUCGCCGGUGGGCGCGACGCUCCGUGUGCGAGCUCGUAAGUUCCCUUCCAUAGUGAACUGCUCAGCCAUAAAUUGGUUCCACGAGUGGCCGCAGGAGGCGCUGCGGUCGGUCUCCAAAAGAUUUAUCGCUGAAGUUGAAUCCCUACCCCCUCACCUCGUGGAUCCUAUUUCCAACUUCAUGUCCCACGUACACCAAAGCGUGAAUCAGAUGUCCGCUGUGUAUUUUCAAAACGAGCGGAGGUACAAUUACACGACGCCCAAAACAUUCUUGGAACAGAUAUCGUUGUAUGGGAAAUUAUUGAACGAAAAAACAAAGAAUCUGAAGAUGAUGAUUUUUAGACUAGAAAAUGGCUUGGAGAAGCUGGCGUCUUGUGCAGCUGAUGUGGCGGUGUUGAAGGUGACACUCGCUGAGCAAGAACAAAUACUUAAAGUCAAAAACAAGGCCGCCGAAGAACUCAUAGAAGUUGUUGGCGCUGAAAGUGAAAAAGUAUCGAAGGAGAAAGCUUUCGCCGCCGAGGAGGAAAAGAAAGUGAAAGUUAUUGAAGAAGACGUAACGAUAAAAGCAAAGAUUUGCGCGGACGAUCUGGCCAAAGCGGAGCCAGCGUUGAUCGCAGCGCAGGAGGCCUUGAAUACAUUGAAUAAAAACAAUCUGACUGAAUUAAAGUCAUUCGGAUCGCCGCCGGACGCCGUGGUGAAUGUUACAGCUGCUGUGUUAGUGCUGUUCUCUAAGAAAGGAAAAAUACCUAAAGAUAGGUCAUGGAAGGCCUGCAAGCUGAUGAUGGCUAAGGUGGACCAGUUCCUAUACGACCUGGUGUACUACGAUAAAGAAAACAUACACCCUGAUGUCAUCAAGGCGGUACUCCCAUAUAUAAAGAACCCGGAGUUCAACGCGGAGUUCAUAAUGUCCAAGUCAGCGGCCGCGGCCGGGCUCUGCUCGUGGGUCAUCAACAUCGUGAAGUUCUACGACGUCUACGUGGUGGUGGAGCCCAAGCGACGCGCGCUCAACGCCGCCAACGCCGAGCUACAGGCCGCGCGAGACAAGCUGGCCUUCCUCACAGAACAGAUUCAUGAACUAGAAGAAAAGUUGGAAGAAUUGCUUAAAGCGUUCCAAGAAGCCGUUAAUGAAAAAAUGAAGUGCCAAGCGGAAGCGGAUGCCACGAACUAUACAAUCGACUUGGCUAACAGACUCGUGAAUGGCUUGGCUUCAGAGAAAAUAAGAUGGUCGGCUACGGUGGUGAAUCUUAAGGAGUCUGGUCUGAUGCUGCCAGGAGAUGUGCUGGUGGUGACGGCCUUCAUAUCUUACGUGGGCUGCUUCACUAGACGCUACCGGCUGCUGCUCAUCAACGAGGACUGGUUACCCACCCUCGAGAAGACUGACCCCAAAAUAGAAACAACGGAAGGUCUGGAGCCGUUGAGCAUGUUGACUGACGACGCUCAGGUGGCAACAUGGAACAACGAGGGUCUCCCCACAGACACCAUGAGCACAGAGAACGCGACCAUACUCACCAACUCGGCGAGGUGGCCGCUAAUGAUAGACCCGCAACUCCAAGGCAUAAAAUGGAUAAAGUCACGGUACGGCGACGGUCUUGUGGUGAUCCGUCUAACACAGCGCAAUUACCUGGACCGCAUCGAGAGGGCCGUCAGUAACGGAGAUGUGGUGCUGUUGGAGAACAUCGGGGAGACUGUGGAUGCUGUACUGGAACCGCUCCUCGGACGAGUGCUCAUCAGGAAAGGACGCGUGCUUAAGAUCGGAGACAGAGAGAUAGACUAUCAUCAGAAUUUCCGUCUGAUAAUCCAAACGAAAUUGGCGAAUCCCCACUACCAGCCGGAGAUGCAAGCUCAAUGCACACUUAUAAAUUUCACUGUCACGAGAGAUGGUCUAGAAGAACAGCUACUUGGAGAAGUAGUUAAAGCCGAGAGACCAGAUUUGGAAGCGUUGAGAGCUGGUCUUACCAAACAACAGAACGAUUUCAAAAUCACACUGAAGAGUCUAGAAGACGAUCUUUUAAAGCGACUGUCAUCGGCUGGUCCUGAUAUACUCAGCGACUCGGCCCUGGUCAUUAAUCUGGAGACCACGAAGAAGACGGCUGCUGACAUUGAAGUGAAGGUGGAAGAAGGGAAGGUCACAGCUGUUAAAAUUGAUGAAGCCCGUGAGAGAUACAGACGAGCAGCGACGCGUGCUUCAAUUUUAUAUUUCAUAUUAAACGACCUGUACAAAAUAAACCCGAUGUACCAGUUCUCUCUGAAAGCCUACAGCGUCGUGUUCAAGGACGCGCUGUCUAAAACGACUCCCUCCGAUGAAUUGGAGACACGCGUCUACAACUUACUGGACAGUAUCACGUUCGCCGUGUUUAUUUACACGAGCAGAGGACUGUUCGAGAAGGAUAAACUGGUUUUCUUAUUCCUCAUCACUCUACAGGUUUUACAAGCAGAGGGCAAAAUAGAUCCCAGAGAAUUAGACUUCCUGCUGAAGUAUGCGGUUGCGCCAGCGAACUCUCCUUAUACCUGGCUGUCUAAUAAUUGUUUCGGUGGAAUCGUGGCUCUCUCCAAGAUGGAUGCGUUUGAAAACCUCGAUAAGGAUAUAGAAGGAGCUAGCAAGAGGUGGCAAAAAUACACUGACGGUGAAGCUCCAGAGAGAGACAAGUUACCUGGCGAGUGGAAGAAUAAGACACCACUACAGAGACUUUGUAUUUUAAGAGCUUUAAGACCGGACCGUAUGUCUUAUGCCUCGGGGGCCUUCUGUGAAGAAAAUUUAGGAACCAAAUACGUGGAAGCCCGAACACCGCCAUUCUCCAAGUCUUACGAAGAAAGUACUUCAACGACACCAGUUUUUUUCAUUUUGUCUCCAGGAGUAGACCCCGUUAAGGAUGUAGAAAAAUUGGGUCGCAAGCUAGGAUUUUCUACGGACAAGAAAAACUUUCACAUCGUGUCACUUGGCCAAGGACAGGAAGUAGUGGCUGAAGAGGCGAUGGGGAUAGCUUCAGAGAGAGGGCACUGGGUCAUACUGCAAAACGUGCAUCUCGUCGCCAAGUGGCUACCCACGCUCGAGAAGAAGAUGGAGGAAACCUUUGAAAGCCCGUUGGAAGACUACCGUUUGUACCUGAGCGCUGAGCCGGCCGCGGAUCCAGCCUACCACAUCAUACCGCAGGGCAUCCUGGAGUCCGCCAUCAAGAUCACAAACGAACCACCGAUUGGAAUGUGGGCCAACUUACAUAAGGCUUUAGACAACUUCAGUCAGGAAACGCUGGAGAUGUGCAGUAAAGAGGCUGAAUUUAAAUCUGUUUUGUUCGCUCUCUGCUACUUCCACGCUGUUGUGGCUGAGAGACGGAAGUUUGGUCCUCAAGGAUGGAACAGAGUAUAUCCGUUCAACUUCGGCGAUCUCACGAUAUGUGUGUACGUGCUGUAUAACUACCUGGAGGCGAACCCUCGCGUGCCCUGGGAAGAUCUGAGAUACCUUUUUGGAGAGAUUAUGUAUGGAGGGCAUAUCACCGACGACUGGGAUCGAAGGCUCUGCCGAACCUUCCUCUUGGAGUACAUGCAGCCUGAAUUGGUCGAUGGAGAGCUCACCCUGGCGCCGGGCUUCAUAUCGCCUCCGAAUUCCGACUACGCCGGCUACCACCAGUACAUAGACGACUUCCUUCCUGAUGAGACACCGUAUCUAUACGGAUUACAUCCUAAUGCUGAAAUCGGAUAUUUGACUACAGUGUCACAAAGAUUGUUUAAGGUGGUAUUUGAAAUGCAACCCCGAGACGCCGGAGCGCAGGCUGGAGGCGGUGCUAGUAAAGAAGAAAUAGUCAGAUAUAUCCUUGACGAUAUAAUGGACAGGGUGCCGGAGCCGUUCAAUUUGGUGGAACUGAUGGGGAAGGUGGAGGAACUGACUCCAUACACGAUCGUAGCGCUACAGGAGUGUGAGAGGAUGAACAGGCUCAUGGGCGAGAUACGACGGUCGCUUAAAGAGUUGGAGUUGGGACUUAAGGGAGAGCUGACCAUAAGCAGUGAUAUGGAGAAGUUGAUGGAGUCUCUGUUCAUGGACCACGUGCCGGCCUCGUGGUCCAACCUCGCCUACCCCAGUCUGUUAGGUCUGGCCGCUUGGUUCUCAGACCUCUGUCUUAGACUCACCGAGUUGGAGAAUUGGUCGGGCGACUUUAAUUUGCCGCCCGCUGUGUGGCUCGCCGGCUUCUUCAACCCGCAGUCGUUCCUGACAGCCAUCAUGCAGCAGACGGCUCGUAAGAACGAGUGGCCCCUCGACAAAAUGUGCCUCAACUGUGACGUCACCAAAAAGAACAGGGGAGACUUCAACGCUCCGCCCCGCGAGGGUGCCAACAUCCACGGUCUGUAUAUGGAGGGCGCCCGGUGGGACACGGCCACCGGCGGGAUCGUGGAGUCCAACAUGAUGGACCUGUUCCCCAUGAUGCCCGUCAUCUACAUCAAGGCCGUCACCCAGGACAAGCAGGACACCAAGAACGUGUACGAGUGCCCCGUCUAUAAGAUACGUAUGCGUGGCCCCACAUUCGUGUGGACGUUCAAUCUGAAGACGAAGUACAAACCAACAAGAUGGACCCUCGCCGGCGUCGCUCUGCUGCUGGGGGUAUAAGUAUCUGAAGAUGUUGUUUAUGAUUGUGUUAUCAUUUUGUUAUCUUAUUUUAACUUAUUUAUUAAUAUAAUAAAUGUUUUGUACUGAAA